AUGCUAUCAACGUGUGAUCUUCUCCCAGGACCUUCACACGAGAAUGAAGAUGAAAGCAAUCUUUGGCAAUCAACAGAUAGUACCACAUUGUCGCAUAAUACCGCAUGGCGCAGUACUUCUUCUGCUGCUAAUGCUAUAUUGGAAUAUAUUCUGAUGGCACCAACUUCGGCUGCAAUACCAUUACAUGAACAACCGGUAACAUUUCUUAACCAGAAUCGAUCAUAUGAAAUUAAAUGUCGUAAAUGUGCAUUUGAACCAUGUUCUGAUGGACAAGAGUCAUAUUACAAGACAGUGAUAACCAUUUGUUUCGACAACCAGAAGUUGCGUUAUCAGAUGAAUGAUUUAAUGGAAAUAUGGAAGACGAAAAAUCCAGGAAAACGCUUCUUCACGCUAGAUAUGCCGCGCUGUUCAAAUGUAUCACACGUUAAAUAUGCAUUACGUUCAGCUGAAUUUGUUUGGGAUGGUUCGCUACCGAAUGCUGCUUUAUUUAUCAAAUUUUUCGUUUUAAGCUCCGAUUUUGUCGAUAGCUGCGGUGAGAAAGGAGAACCAUUUCGGCUCGUUUUCCAAACUUAUUCUUGGAGAUCAUCCGAACUUUUGCAGCAAAAUAGUUCGCUAAUUCAAAUUUUCAAGCUUCGUGGUGCGGAAAGGAAGAGAAGAACAGAGCGGAAGAAAGCAACACUACAUGCGAAUCAGGAACAAUAUCAACCAUCAUAUGAUUAUACUUUCUUGUUGGGUGCAGAUUUCGACUAUGAUGUAGAUAAUGAAGAAAGAGUAACUCCUACCGAAGAAAUCGAUUACAUCGGAACAUCAUUGGGAAGGAGUAGACUUCUACGUAUUCCAGCUAAAUUAGAUGAUACGGAACAAACGAUGGCGAAAAGGCAUUGUAACUUACUGGUAGAUAGUAAUUAUUCACGAGAAAACUCAGUAAUUGAAGCAGAUAUGAAUGAAGUGCGUAUUUGUGCUAACCAUUCGGCAGCUUUUGUUACGAAAUGGCUGGAAUUGCACCGUUUUACCAACUGCGUUCAUAUUUUUGACAAUUACAGUGGAGAAGAUAUUCUUCGGCUGAGCAUACUCGAUUUGACCUCUUUGAUUGGCGAUAAACCGGAAGCUUUACGUUUAUUCCAGGCGUUACGUAAAAAAGCGCUUGAACCACAGUUAACUAUUUUUGUGGCAAUAGAAGGAAGUAACAUAUACAACAUGAUAAGAUUGUACGAUGGGACUAUGGAUGAGUUGAAGGAGAAAAUGGGAAAAAUGGUCGGUAUUGUAGUGAGACAAAUAUUCGUUCGCGGACCGCUUGAUAUUCUGGUCCGCGUUACUGAUCAGGUUAUUGAAAGUUGGAAAAAUGAAUCGGUAUUUCGAAUAUUGCGAAGAGAUAAUGAAUGCACGUUAGUAGCAGAAUCGUGAAAUUUCAUUGAUAAAUGAUCUUAAC